CGCAGCAGCAUCAUAGCAUCGCAUCACAUCGCCGCACUUGCUUGGAAUCUUGGAUAAGCGUCGCCCCGGCCCUCCCAAUCAUCCCCCGCGCGCGCGCGUGCGCAACGCGAGAAGAGAAGAGAACGACGCCGUUGCCUUCUGCUAUAUGCACCCACCAACUGCGUGCUUGCCAAGAACACAGAUGCAAAGAAGGGCAGGAUAAAAAGGAGAGAUUGAUUGCCCAAGAUUUUUGCUUGCUUGCUUUUGGCCAUCCAUUUCUCUCACCUGCGUUCUCGACUUCUUCAGCUAGCUCAGGUUACUGCAGCUGUUCUUGUCUCAGACCAGGUCCAAUGGGGGAAGACUCCAAAGAAAGAGCUUCUAUUCCUCAACUAAUAAACCUCAUCCGAGAUGAGGGAGAAUGGAAGGUGAGAGAAGCAAAAGAUGGAGGGAGAUCAAGAACCACAAGCUCCGAUGCUGAGGAGGACAAGAAGCUAGAGCUGAAGCUCGGCCUUCCUGGUGUCCAAGAAGAAGAGAGAACGGCCGGCCCACGAGAGGAGAUAGAACAACAACAAGAAGAGAGCUACACAGCACUCUCCCUUGGCUGCUUCCCUGCACAUUCAAAGCUCACUACCAGCACUGCUACCACUGGGGCUAAGAGAGGGUUCUUGGCCACUGUUGGUGCCAAACCAGAAGGUUGUAAUCAGAGGCACCAGGACAGGGAAGGAUGUGGGAAUGAGUUAAUAUUAGGAGGUGAAAAUAUGGCAGGUCGGAGGAAGAAAGGAUGUUGUCCCCCAGCAUCAUCGCAUGAUUCAGUUGCUGCGCCUCUGCACAGCAGCAGCAACCUCCAGGGGAGAUGUGCUGUUCUUCCAGUAGUCGGUUGGCCACCGGUCCGAUCCUUCAGGAGAAACCUCACAAAUGUAAGUUCAUCUAAGCAAUCCCCUGAACGACAAAAUGAUGAAGCUGGUGACAAGGCAAAGCUAACCUGCAAGAGGAGCCCCCUUGUCAAAAUAAACAUGGAUGGGAUCCCCAUUGGAAGGAAAAUAGACCUCGCAGCUUAUGACAGCUACCAAAAGGUGUCAUCUGCCGUUGAAGAGUUGUUUCGUGGCUUUCUUGAAGCUCAAAAGGAUGUAACCUGUACUGAAAGUGGAGAGCAAGGAGCGGAAGAGAAAAUAUUUUCAGGGUUGUUGGAUGGAACUGGUGAAUACACUUUAGUUUACGAAGACAGUGGAGGAGGGAGGUCACGAGUUGGGGACUUACCAUGGAAUGUAUUUGUUUCUACUGCUAAGAGGCUGAGGGUUAUGAGAAGCUCAGAGCUUCCCCAUGGCUGAUUAAAGAUGCCCCUGGGAGGGUAGCAGAUCACUGAAAUUGCAGAAAUCGUCCAGCCAUGGGAUCGUGCCAGCUGUAGUCAAUCAGCUUUCUUUGGAUGACCCUUUUUGGCUUGUAGAGAUAAAUCUAAUAAGAUAAAUGUUAGCACAUUGCAUAUUGCCUAAAUGCAACGCAUAUUGUGUAAUUUACCUUGCUUCAUUUCGGAUGUAGUGUUGGUUAGUGCAAUUCUACGUGGUAGGUUUCUAAAGCUGGAAAAUGUGUUUUUUAGUGUGAUGGAUAAUUUUCUACUAACUUCGCUGAGAUGCAAGAGGCGUACCAAAUGUUCAGAUCACAAUGGUUAAUCGUGAACUGUUGCACCAACGCAGGGAGCAAGUGAACAACCAUGGAAUGCAGGUAGCUCAUCAAUAAUGGAGCAGCAUCACCAUGUUGAAUACUUGAA